UGCCAAGACAAGAAGAUCGAUGGCAGGUGCGAACGAAAGAGGUGAUCGGAUCAAAGGGUCGUGGAGCCCUGACGAAGACGCGAAGCUAACGAAGCUGGUAGAGCAACAUGGGCCACGGAACUGGUCCCUCAUAAGCUCAAGCAUACCGGGUAGAUCGGGGAAGUCGUGCAGGUUGAGGUGGUGCAACCAGCUGAGCCCUUUGGUUCAACACCGUCCCUUCACACAGGCGGAAGACGCCAUCAUCCUUCAAGCCCACGCCACACACGGCAACAAAUGGGCUACCAUUGCCCGUCUCCUUCCCGGUCGGACUGAUAAUGCGAUCAAGAACCAUUGGAACUCCACCCUUCGCCGCCGGUUCGCUUCCGAGUCGUCAUCCACGUCAUCCGAGCCCGAAUCGGAUUUUGAGCCCACAAGGAAGCGGUUGCGUCUCCGGGUUUCGCCUCAGAACAAUUAUUAUUCCUAUGAUAAUGGCAACAGCAAUAUUGAGAGACUAAGGGAGCCUGAAACGUUGUUGACGUUGUUCCCGCCGGGGGAGAGUGAGUCGUCGUCUUUGCCGACACACACGGCGCACGUUAGGGUGGAGGAGGAGGUGGCGGUUAGGGUAAAGAAGGGUGAUGGGACGGAUCGUGUUUCCCAAAUUGGAGGAGGGGAGGAAGAAAUAAAGAAAGAGAGAUGUGCGGCGGAGAUGAAAGAGAUGUGUUUGAUGACACUAAUGCACCGUAUGAUUGCGAAAGAGGUCAGGAAUUACAUUGACGGAUUACGGACUCAUGGUGGACUAGACACUGGGAUUGAACCCGAACCCGAAUCAGAAAAUUCUUAGAAGUUAGAGAAUAGAGAGUUUAG